AAAUUCUGUGCGCCCACUGAGGUCGAUUCGUUAUACCCUUUCUUUCAUUCAUUGCCAUUGUUUCCGCACGGGUUUUCUUGUGCCAAAUUCGAUACCUGUCGAUCAAUGUAUUGUGAUUAAAUCGAACAGAUAGAUGAAAGAUGCUUAGUAAAUGCUUGGGGCAUGGCGGAGGUCCAGGAAGCUACGGAUUGGGUCGUGUCUACGACGGCGGCUGGAUUAAUGAUGCCAUUAUUCUAGUCAACAAUCUCAAGCACGAGCGGCGAAUGCUACGACGCUAGAUCAAUCCCCACAACAUUAGGAGCUUCUCGAACUCGCACGCUUGAUUGUCCACUGUUCAGCCAAAGUAUCGUUUUCCGAAAUCAAAUGCAGAGAAGUUCUUUUACUGUUUUGACUUUUUUUCUGCAGUUGAGGUGAUUUUCUUGAGCGUUGGUUUUAGUCUAAGAAAUUAGGAUAAUGGCAGCCUCUGGUGAUUGGCACUGUGAAAAGAGAUCAUAUUCUAAAAACGAGUCCAUGAAAGACAAAGAAAGUGUGCCGGAAACUGGGUGCCUUUCUAUCACAGUUCUUGGUGCUUCGGGUGAUCUUGCUAAGAAGAAGACCUUUCCUGCACUUUUUAACCUUUAUCGGCAGGGAUUUCUGCAAAUGAAUGAUGUUCACAUUUUUGGGUACUCAAGGACCAAGCUUUCAGAUGAUGAGUUGAGAAAUCGAAUUCGAGAGUAUCUUCCUCGGGGAAAAGAAGUCAUAUAUGAUGUCCCAAACUUUCUGCAGCUGAUCAAGUACUUAAGUGGCUCUUAUGACUCUCCUGAAGGAUUUCGAGAAUUGGAUAAGGCAAUAUCCAAGCAUGAGAUUUCAAAAAACAGUGCAGAAGGAUCAUCCCGAAGGCUUUUCUACCUUGCACUUCCUCCAUCUGUAUAUCCACAAGUCUGCAAAAUGAUUAAAAGUUAUUGCAUGAACAAAUCGGAUCUUGGUGGAUGGACUAGAAUUGUUAUUGAGAAGCCCUUUGGCAAAGAUUUGUCAUCAGCUGAGGAACUGAGCUCACAUAUAGGAGAAUUAUUUGAUGAACCACAGAUUUAUCGGAUCGAUCAUUAUUUGGGGAAGGAAUUAGUGCAAAAUCUGUUGGUGCUUCGAUUUGCAAAUCGCUUCUUUUUACCUCUUUGGAAUCGUGAUAACAUUGCAAACGUGCAGAUUGUUUUUAGAGAAGAUUUUGGGACAGAAGGACGUGGAGGAUAUUUUGAUCAAUAUGGGAUCAUCCGAGACAUUAUGCAAAAUCAUUUAUUGCAGGUUCUCUGCCUUGUUGCCAUGGAGAAGCCGGUAUCGCUGAAACCUGAGCAUAUACGAGAUGAGAAAGUGAAGGUUUUACAAUCAGUUGUUCCUAUUAAAGAUGAAGAGGUGGUGCUCGGCCAAUACAGCGGCUAUAAAGAUGAUCCAACGGUUCCGAACCACUCAAAUACUCCUACUUUUGCAACUGUAAUUCUACGCAUACACAAUGAAAGAUGGGAAGGUGUUCCUUUUAUACUCAAGGCAGGAAAAGCUUUGAAUUCAAGAAAAGCCGAAAUACGGGUUCAAUUCAAAGAUGUCCCCGGUGAUAUAUUUAGAAGUCAAAAGCAAGGGAGAAAUGAAUUUGUGAUUCGGCUGCAGCCUUCAGAAGCCAUAUACAUGAAGCUAACAGUCAAAAAGCCUGGACUAGAAAUGUCCACUGUCCAAAGUGAGCUAGACUUGUCUUACAGGCAACGCUACAAUGGGGUUGUCAUUCCUGAGGCUUACGAACGACUUAUUCUGGACACAAUUAAAGGCGAUCAACAGCAUUUUGUCCGCAGAGAUGAGCUAAAGGCGGCAUGGGAGAUCUUCACACCCCUUCUGCACCGCAUAGACGAGGGAGAGUUUAAGUGCAUUCCUUAUGAAGCUGGCAGCCGAGGUCCGGCAGCAGCAGACGAGCUUCUUGAAAGGGCAGGAUAUGUGCAAACACAUGGCUACAUUUGGAUCCCUCCAACCUUGUAAUGCAACAACAUGCAGAUGCCUUAAUUGCCUUACUUCGAUCCAAAGCCCACAUGUAAUAAAAAGGGGUAAAAAAAUGACUUGAUGAAUUUGUCUAUGGUUUGGAAAUUGCAUUUGUUUGUGAAAUGCUAUAUAAAAUCCCCUCCCUGGCUGUUGCAACUUAAUAUUGAAUGUGUAUUUGAUGUGAUAUAAAAAAGUGAUAGAGAGGAGGAGGGAUUCAUAUGUGUGUGUAUAUUCAUUUGUAUUGUAUGGUGCAAAAGCUUUCUUCAAGGAUUGAAUGUAAGUAAGAAGGAAGCAAGGAACAAAUUUGAAUAUACUUUGUUGAAACUUGGGAAUUGAGACUUGAAUGUAUGUAU